AUGACCAUUGCGCCCCAUGAUCCCGUCACAUACAUCGAUCUUGCCAAACUUGACGACAAACUUGCCUUUAAGGACACCGCGUCCAAUUACGCAUAUCGCGCUCUUAUUCUUAUCAAGGCUGGUCUUCAAACCAUCACUCCUCAACAAUCUGAGCUCUCUCUAUUAGUAUAUACCGCGGUCGCGACUCGGCUUUACACAAGCUCGACAGUAAUGAUUAUUGACGAACUACAAUCGAUGUGUCUUCAAGCUUAUCGUUGUUUGGUUCAGGGAUUGAUGCAUUGUGCGGCAUUCUGGGAUGGCUUGACGGUGGUCAAACUUGGUCUAGAGGAUUUUCCAGGCGAUUUCGAAUUACUCAAUCUUCAAGAACUAUUGUUUGCAUCUUUCCAGAAUAGACAUGAAGAAACAGUCGUAAACGCCAAGAAUGGGUCAGUUGACAAUGUCAUUGCGAGUAGUAGAUCAGGAUUGAUAUAUCAGAAAAAAUACCCGUGGAUGGCUCCAAAGCUUUUUGUCCGAACACCCCGUUUGGUCAGACAGGUCAACUCCACAUUUAAUUCUUUCAACGCAGAAGUCCGACCUGUGGUUUUCGGAUCUCCAGGUACAGCAUCAAAAUCCAAAUCACUUUCUGAUCUUCCUAAGAACGCAGAUGUUGGCCCCCUGGGUAUUAUUGCCACGCGUGAUAUCGAAGAAGGAGAAUCAAUUUUAGUCGAUAAGACACAUGUAUGUGUUUCAAAUAUCCCGCCUUCGACCGGUCAAUUUUGCGACACGUGUCAUGCUCAUCUCGCUCCUCCUUUCGUGCAACCAAUCCAAAUUUGUCGACCAUCAUGCGGAUGUAACGUAUCGUUCUGCUCCAAAGGCUGUCAUGAUCUUGCUAUCGGAAGUUAUCAUAAGAUUCAGUGUGGUAUCGAUUUCACCUGGCUCUACAAAACUGGCGCGUCUCAAACUGAAUGGGACCCUAGGAUGUUUUUGCGCGUAAUGUGUAUCGUUCUAAGCACACCUGGCUGGUCAAAAGAUUCGACCCCUCAGAAGAACCCUUUACAACAUCCGCUGCUAGCGAGGCUGACAGCUAAUUACGCCAGUGAUGAAGAAGAAGCCAUUCAUGGCCAAACUUGGUCCUAUCAGGAGAACAUAGUCGCACCUACCCGCAUUCUCCGUGAUCUCGGCAUUGAUAUUUUUUCUCCCGUCAAGAAGGUACACGAGGGCAAAACCAAGUAUCUGGCCAAUAUGUGGACCCCAGAGCUGAUCCAGACAAUAUACUGGCGCAUGCUGAACAACGCUAAUAAUAGCAUAAUUGACAUUUCUGGUCUUCAACUGGAUGAAUCAUUCCGUUCCGCUCGCACGCCCGAAUCGGGACCUACAAUGGCGCGCUUGAUCGUAAUCAGUCCUAGCUAUUCGUUCUUCAACCAUAGUUGCAGAUACAACGUGAUGUGGAGUGGUACAUGUUUAAACGGAGCCCAGGACAUAUCGGCACUCAUAGCUGGAGACGGACCAAACCAGGAGGUGCUUAAACCAGGAAGUAGUAGCGUGAGUUGCAGGGCCAAUAGAGAUAUCAAGGCAGGCGAAGAGUUGACGAUCAGCUAUGUGGGUGACCCUAUGGGCGGUUACAGCCCCGAGGAGAUUGAAAAACAGCCCAAAUUAGCCAUCGGACAAUCAGAAGAUGGGGCCAUAAGUCAUAAAAGAAUUUAUGCCCGUAUGAAACUGAUGAAGUGGUUCAGCGAUGCUGGGUGUGGCUGUGGACAAUGUGCCGAGGAAAAUGACUCGGGAAGAAUGGCGAAGAUGGUAAGGGUCUCAUGA